AUGUUUGACCUCUUUGCCAUGCUCUUGUCCUCCGUCACUUCUUUUCUCUUCCCCAUAUUCGCAUCGUACAAGGCCCUCAAGACGUCCGAUCCUGCUCAGUUGACGCCAUGGCUCAUGUACUGGGUUGUAUUUAGCUGCUGCAUGCUAGCUGAGUCGUGGGUGUCGUUCAUCCUCUUCUGGAUCCCGUUCUACGGCUACAUCAGACUCCUGUUCCUCCUAUACCUCAUCCUCCCCCAGACCCAAGGCGCCCGCGUCAUCUACCAGGAGAGAAUCCACCCCUUCCUGCAAGAGAACGAAGCCGUCAUAGACGACCUGAUCGCUACGUCGCACGACCGCAUCAAGGCAGCCGGGCUCGUCUACAUCCGCCGGGCCAUAGACUUCAUCCGGACCAAACUCCUCGGCCAGCCCCCGCGCGACGACCCGCCCACACCGCCGCCCACGACCACCCCCCAGGGAUACACGCAGAGUCUCCUCGCUCGCUUCAGCGUCCCCGCAGCCCGGUACACCGGCCCCACGGACGUGUAUAGUCUGCUCUCCGGGGCCGUCAACGCCGCCGCGGGUGUCGUCAGCAGUAGCGGCAGCGGAACCCGCUCCGCCGCCGCCGGCGCAUCGCCGUCGUCGUCGUCGUCGUCCCCUGCCGACGUCGUCAUCCCUCCCGACCUGCAGUCCUCGGGCGACAGGAUGGACUUCAUCGCCACCCAGCGCGAGAGGCUGAGCUCCCUGCUCACCGCCCUCGACAACGAGGCCCUGAAGCUCCAGCAGACGCAGACGCAGACGCAGACGCAGGCCGGCAGCUCGAGCAACGACGACGAGGAGCCCACCCAGCGUCCGCCCAGCGGUCUGAGCGCCUGGAGCGGCCUGAGCAAGAGCCGCAGCGAAGCCGACUUUGAGAAUAUAGAGGCCGACAGCGGUACGGAAGAGGAGAUGAUUGCGCGUCGACGCAGAAACACACCCGGCGGCGGCGGCGCUGCCAACCCUGGUGGCUGGAUGCCGUGGGAUUGGUCUUCGAGCUCGGGUGUGGAGAGGCAGCAGCAGCAGCAGCAGCAGCAGCAGUAG